AUGGAAGAUGAUAAUUUUCGUGUAGAGUUAAUGGAAUGUGCAAAACUCUUGAACCUACCAAAUGAUGAUUAUACACAAAAACUAAUUGAGCAAAUUCCGUUAGAUUACUUUUAUGUACCACAAGAUGAAAAAGAAUCUAUUUUACUUUUAUUUUCUGAAAGCGAAAAAUCUAUAAAGCAUCAAUUAUUAGGAAAAUUGUGUUUAAAUGAUUUGGAUGCAACUACUGUCUUUGCAGAGGUGUUAAACGACCUCAAGAUUCAAGAUUUAAAUCUGUGUUGUGACAUUUAUGAAGAUGUAGCAACUCGCGAAUCUUAUUUUAUGGAAGAACCAUUACUUCCCAGUCGCAUACAAAAGAAUAAUGAAUUCGAUUUGUAUCCUAUACCGACUUUAAAACAAUUGUCAAACAAACUACCAACUACGGACAUUUUUUCUGAACCUUUAAUGGAAAGCGAAAUGCAACAAUUUACAUUGGAUGAUUUGUGUUUAUCUCAUAAUGAAGAAGUGGUAGAUAAUAUUGCCAGUAUUAUGUCAUUCUUAAAGGAAAAUGACGUUCGCAACGAUAAUGAUUUUGUUAUUUCUAUCAAAGAAUUUAAGUUUGAGGAUUAUUACAUUGAAGAACCCCUAAUUUCAAUAAAAACUAAUAAAAGCGCACAAGAUCUGCCAAAUAAAAUAAUUGAAAUUGUUCCUCUGAUUAUAGAUGAUAUUGAUAUAAAUAUUCAGAAUGAUCAAUUAGUUCCUGAAGAAACUGGUGUUAAAGCACCUUUAGAGAUGUUGAAUGAAUGGGAAGGGAUUGAUAAAUCAACUUUUGAUGUUGAAAGAACUUCAGACUAUAAUUAUGUAGAAGUUGAUGUAUCAUUUGAUCCAUUUUUGACUUCCCGAGAGACCCUUCAAUUAGAACCCGCAAUGAUCCCUGCAAGAUAUGAUCCUUUGGAGAUCAAUCGUAGAAAACGGCGUAAAACCGAUUUUGGAUCAGAGAUUGAAAAUGCGGGUGACAAAGACGUGACAAUAACGGACUCUUUGGCACAAACAAUCAAGUCCGUAGUAUCUGAAGAUGCUACCUUUAUGCAUCAGAAAUUAGAUGAUCAAACAGCACUUCAAUCAGACCUUGAGAAGAUGCUGAAGGUUGAAAACCCAGACGAAAACUGGAAAUCCGUCAUUAUGUGGCAAUCCAUGAACGAACUAGAAGGAUUAAAAUUCAAGGUUCCACAGCUACCCCAUCCUGUCUCUCAAAUCACCAGGGGAAGUGUAAAUGAUGAUGAUGGAAUUUCAUUCCCUUCAAUACCAACACAAAUUUCAGACUUGAUUGCACAUCCAAAUUCAAUGCACUCUGAUUUUCAAAUCUUGACAUCAUUUAGUGGAAUGAAAGCUUUGGAGUUUGAGUUACAUUGGAAUCCAAUUAAAAAUACCUCUCACACAGAAUUUGAACAAAUCUUUAAUGUGAAGCUUUCAUCCCAAGAGAUAUUAGAUGUUUUUAAAGAACUAUGUAGUUGUGCUAACGAUGAUGAUAUUUUGGAUACAAUAGAUAUGCAAUUCAUCAAUGAAAUUCAUGAUUCAUAUCUGAUAACAAGGAAAAAAAUGUAUGAAAGUUGCCAUGAGUCGAAAAAAUUGAAAGUUGAAGAUGUUCCUGCUUUGAUAACGCCAAGGUGGAUCAACAAUAACAAUGACUUUAAGGAUAUACAGAAAUCUUCCGCCGAACCAAAUAUUGUCAAAUCUAGGUAUUUUGCUGACACUUUUUCUGCAACCAGGUCGAUAGAUGAUUUCUUGAUCCUGCGUGGAAAAAUUGCACCAAAUAAACGUCGAGAUAUUGAUUUAAAAAAAAGGGUUCAUGUUGCAAUUAAAAAUGGAGAAGAAUCGAAACAAAUAGUUCCCAGUGUCAGUAACACGCCAAAUGAUCAUGCAUAUGGAUAUACUAGUUAUACGCACAGAGUCCCUUCUUCGGAGUCGCAGCUUACUGACAGUGAUAAGGAUAUUCAAGACGCGCAGAAUGCUCAUGUUAUGGCAAGGACCAUCAUCAAUAAUAUGCCAAUGCCGGCAGUUACUCAUAAAUAUAUCGUAUCGGCCCGACUUUUGGCAAAUCGUGGCCUGUUAUCAGCUUUAAAAGGCAUUUAUUGCAAGGUUGAAGUUUUUGAACGCGAUUUCGAAUAUUUAAGACCUUUAUUACCAGAUGAUGAAUCAGAAACUCCUUACAUAGACUGCGAUCUGAUUAUAGAUGAAAGGACUGGGAUUAUAUAUUAUCCUCUCAAUUUAAUAUCUCAAGAGCAAUCCGUCCCAAUCAUCGCUCGAACAAUCAUUCGCCUUGCACAAAAAUAUUCAAGCUUAUAUGUGAUUUUGGAGACUUACACAUGGAAUAAUAAAGCAACUAAUGACAGUGAUGCAGAAUGCAUUCUUCCAUAUUCAUAUACUUUGCCUGUUUUAAAGGCUGUUGCAGGAUUGCAAGCCAUCUUAACGCGUAAUUCGUGUGAUGCACAUAUGAUAUUUUCUUCAUGUGAAGAAAUGUCCGCACGACUUGCGAGAUUGAUAGGUGAUCUCUGUGCUUCAAAGUGUGAAGAAGAAAGAGGGAAAGAUCGCCAGCAGUGGGAGAGUAGGGAUUGGAUGACUAUGGAAGAAAGUUUGCAUGAAAGAUUUUUAUCAUGCUUUUCUCCACUGAUUAAUCCAUUCACCGCACAAAUUAUCUUAACUGCCAUACCCAUGCCCGAGUUCCUCCGAAUGACACAUAGUGAGCGAUAUGCAAUGUUUGGUAGAUGGAUAGAUGAGUGGCGAUUGGAAAAAUUUGAAACAAUAAUACACACAGCCCUUUCAGGCAAUCCUGAACAAUUGUUUACAAACGAUGAACCUGAAGUACACAUUGAUGACAAUCAAAUGGAUUCUGAAUGGAUCAAUGAAUUUAAAGACUUUGAAUUGGAGGAGUUUUAUGACUAA